AAUUCUUAAAAAUAUAAAAAAUGGAUUAAACAAAACAUGAAAUACUUGAAUUAAAAAUGGCAUUUUUAAGCUGCAUGAAGAAUAGCAAAUAUUAGGAAGCACAUGUAAUUAUAUAAAAAAGUAAGAUUAUAAUUUAUAUAAUUGACAGUAUUAAAAAUUGAUCCUAACAAUCCAUUAAUUGGGAAAUGUAAUAAAUUUUUGUCAGAAUAUAAGACAAAAUUAGAAGAGAAAGAAAAAGAAUUGAAAGAAGAGGAAGAAGAAGAAGAAGAAGAAGAAUAAUAAGGAUAAGAUGAUGAAUCAGAUGGAGUAGAUCCAAAUGAUGUACCUGAUUUAGAAGAAGAAUUAGGGAUAUAACAUAAUGAAGCUGAAAUUUAAGAAAGAAAAAAACGUUUAUUUUAGCUAUUAUAAAAUGUUGAUGAUGGAGAUAAAGAAGCAGUUUUAGAUGCAAUAAGAAAAUCAAAAUAAUAAAAAUGA